GCAAAGCAUUCAAGCCAUGGAAGUCAAUACCCACAGUAAUAUGUUACACAAAAUUCUCUGUCGACAGCAAAAAAUUGCAGUUUUAGCACUUCUGAUCUUUACAGCUUUCUAUUCAGCUGGGGCUUACGAUCCAUUGGAUCCAAAUGGAAACAUAACAAUCAAAUGGGAUAUAGUAUCUUGGGCGGCAGAUGGAUAUGUUGCUGCAGUGACAAUGAACAAUUUUCAGAUGUACCGCCAUAUUAAUGCACCAGGAUGGACUCUAGGCUGGUCGUGGGCCAAGAAAGAAGUAAUAUGGUCGAUGGUGGGAGCUCAAACAACAGAGCAAGGAGAUUGUUCCAAGUUCAAAGGAAAUGUGCCUCACUGCUGCAAGAAAACCCCAGUAGUUGUUGAUUUGCUCCCCGGUGUUCCUUACAAUCAGCAAUUCUCAAAUUGCUGCAAGGGUGGAGUGUUGGCAUCUUGGGGACAGGAUCCAGUAGGUUCGGUCUCCGCCUUUCAGGUGAGUGUUGGGCUAGCCGGCACUUCAAACAAAACUGUGAAAUUGCCAAAGAACUUCACCCUGCUCGGUCCAGGACCAGGCUACACAUGUGGACCGGCAAAGGUUGUGCCUUCUACAGUCUUCCUCACUCCUGAUCGCCGCCGGAAAACUCAAGCACUGAUGACAUGGAAUGUAACCUGUACUUACUCACAAUUUCUGGCCUCUAAGAACCCAACUUGCUGCGUAUCACUUUCAACUUUCUAUAAUGAGACGAUCACUUCUUGCCCAACCUGCGCCUGUGGCUGCCAACACAAACAUAAUUGUAUAAAGAGUGGCUCAAAGCUAUUGCACAAGGAAGGACUAAACACUCCUAAAAAGGAUAACACACCUUUACUACAAUGCACUUAUCACAUGUGUCCUAUUCGAGUACACUGGCACGUAAAGAUUAAUUACAAGGAUUAUUGGCGUGUAAAGGUUGCUGUCACUAACUUCAACUAUAGGAUGAACUAUACACUGUGGACACUGGCAGUGCAGCAUCCAAAUCUGAACAAUGUAACUCAAGUCUUUAGUUUUGACUACAAGCCCCUUGUUCCCUAUGAAUCCAUCAACGAUACUGGCAUGUUCUAUGGCAUGAAAUUCUACAAUGAUCUAUUAAUGGAAGCAGGGCCAUUUGGAAAUGUACAAUCUGAAGUACUAAUGAAGAAGGAUAAGGAUACCUUUACCUUCAAGCAGGGUUGGGCAUUUCCUAGAAAAGUAUACUUCAAUGGCGACGAAUGUCAGAUGCCACCACCAGAAUCUUACCCGUUUCUACCCAACUCUGCGCCUGGAGGCUCGAGUGCAGUAGCCAAAUUCACCGCCACUUUGUUUUUGAUAGUCUGGUUUUUGUUGUAAUCAGUGGUCCUUCUUCCCGUGCUUGAUGAACUUCAAAGAUCUGCACAUGUUCAAAAUUCAAGAGAGAAACUGCAGAACUACAAUGAACACAGGUAUCCAUGCAGAUAUUAUUGGUCAUAGAAUACAUAUAUACUCGCCAGAUAAAUCAAUGUUUGUUGUUUCUGAGUUGUCUGAAGUCAACUAUCUUGAGUAAAAAUAUCCUCUCUUACCAGUGUGCUUCACAAGAAAUUCAGCAUAGACAUGAUUCGAUAGUCCAAA